UUCUGAAUUAGGUUUUAGACACAAUCUUCAGUUUUCAUUCUUAACCUCAUCUCUCACUCUCGACUCGUCUUCUCGCGCCGCCGCCGCCGCCGCCGCCGCCACCGCACACCGCUUCCAUCGGCGCCAUCGUAACCGUCUCUUUCUUCACUUGCAGAAUGGAGUCAAAUCAGGAAGCUUCUUCCAUGGAAGUUGAGACUGUCCCAUCUGAAGCCAAACUUUUGCCACCAAAGCCAAAGUUUGAGCCUUUGAAGCCUCAUGAGAUGUCUGAUGGUCAGGUACAGUUCCGCAAGGUGAAUGUUCCACCUCAUCGUUAUACCCCUCUCAAGAAAGCUUGGAUGGACAUCUAUACUCCCAUAUAUGAACAGAUGAAAAUUGAUGUUCGUAUGAAUUUGAAGGCUCGUAGAGUGGAGCUGAAGACAAGGCCUGAUACACCUGAUAUUAGUAACCUGCAAAAAUGUGCUGAUUUUGUCCAUGCUUUCAUGUUGGGUUUUGAUGUCAUAGAUGCCAUUGCUCUUCUGCGUUUGGAUGAGCUCUACAUUGAGUCCUUUGAGAUCAAGGAUGUUAAAACACUUCGAGGAGAUCACUUGUCUCGUGCUAUUGGAAGGUUGUCUGGUAAGGGUGGUAAAACAAAGUUUGCAAUUGAGAAUGCGUCGAAGACAAGAAUCGUGAUUGCUGACACCAAAAUUCACAUAUUGGGAUCUUUUGCCAACAUAAAGAUUGCCAGAGAUUCUCUUUGUAGCCUGAUUCUAGGAUCACCAGCAGGAAAGAUGUAUUCAAAACUAAGGGCAGUUACUGCUAGAUUGGCAGAAAGGUUUUGAUCUUCGCAUAAUCAUGACAUUACAAGAUCAUUUUUUUUGUUCGCAUAGAUUUUUUAAUGAUUUCUGUGAGAUCAAGUAUGAUGAGGAUGAGUUCUUGUGGGAAGUUGCUUCAAGUUCAAAUCAAUGUUGUGAGUGUAAGCAUAGAUGUGUAAGUGAAGUUUUGCUCGUGAACAUGAAUACAUUAGUGUAGAUUAGAGUUAUUUAUGAAUAUUUACUGUUUGAUUGUUACAGAAAAUCCUGAUAGGUUCUGUCUCCCAAUGUGCCGAGUUCAUUAUCAAGGGGCAAGGGCUAAUCGAUGAUAAAUUAUUAUUACCUUUUGUUUU